AUGGCCAGUCUGCGCGCUUGUGGAUUAUUUUUCUCGUUAUGUUUUUCCCCCGCUUCCUUUUCUUCUUCUCCUCUUCCUCUCUUUUCUCUCCCUAUUACUUUUUCUCCCCCUCUUUCCUUUACUCCUGCUAUAGCUUUUUUUCCUCCUCCUCUAGCUUUUCUGUCUCCUUCCUCCCCCUCUAGCUUUUCUGUCUCCUUCCUCCUCCUCCCUAGCUUUUCUCUUUUCUUUCUGUCUCCUUCAUCUAAAUUUUCUUUCUGUCUCCUUCCUCUAACUUUUCUUUCUAUUUUCUUUCUGUCUCCUUCCUCUAACUUUUCUUUCUGUCUUCUUCCUCUAACUUUUCUUUCUGUCUCCUUCCUACUCCUCUCUUUUCUUUUCUUUCUGUCUCCUUCAUCUCUAAUUUUCUUUUCUAUUUUCUUUCUGUCUCCUUCCUCUAACUUUUUUCUUUUUUCUUCUUCCUCUCUAGCUUUUUAUUCUCUUUUCUUUUUUCUGUCUCCUUCAUCCUUCCUCUUUUUCUUUCUGUCUCCUUCCUCUAACUUUUCUUUUCUGUCUUCUUCUUCCUCUAGCUUUUCUUUCUGUCUCCUUCCUCUAGCUUUUCUUUCUAUUUUCUUUCUGUCUCCUUCCUCUAACUUUUCUUUCUGUCUUCUUCCUCUAGCUUUUCUUUCUAUUUUCUUUCUGUCUCCUUCCUCUAACUUUUCUUUCUGUCUUCUUCCUCUAGCUUUUCUUUCUCUUUUCUUUCUGUCUCCUUCCUCUAACUUUUCUUUCUGUCUCCUUCCUUCUUUUCUUUUCUGUCCUCUAGCUUUUCUUUUCUGUCUCCUUCAUCUCCUUCCUCUAAUUUUCUUUCUCUUUUCUUUCUGUCUUCUUCCUCUAGCUUUUCUUUCUCCUUCUCUAACUUUUUCUUUCUGUCUUCUUCCUCUUUUUUUCUUUCUGUCUCCUUCCUCUAACUUUUCUUUCUGUCUUCUUCCUCUAGCUUUUCUUUCUCUUUUCUUUCUGUCUUCUUCCUCUAACUUUUCUUUCUGUCUCCUUCCUCUAGAUUUUCUUUCUGUCUUCUCCUUCCUAGCUUUUUCUUUUCUCUUUUCUUUCUGUCUCCUUCCUCUAACUUUUUCUUUCUAUUUUCUUUCUGUCUCCUUCCUCUACCUUUUCUUUCUGUCUCCUUCCUCUAGCUUUUCUUUCUGUCUCCUUCCUCUAACUUUUCUUUCUGUCUCUUCCUCUAACUUUUUUUUCUGUCUUCUUCCUCUAGCUUUUCUUUCUAUUUUCUUUCUGUCUCCUUCCUCUAGCUUUUCUUUCUGUCUCCUUCCUCUAACUUUUCUUUUCUGUCUUCUUCCCUCUAGCUUUUCUUUUCUGUUUUCCUCUAACUUUUCUUUCUGUCUCCUCCUUCCUCUAGCUUUUCUUUCUAUUUUCUUUUUCUGUCUCCUUCCUCUAACUUUUCUUUUUCUGUCUUCUUCCUCUAGAUUUUCUUUCUGUCUCCUUCCUCUAACUUUUCUUUCUCUUUUCUUUCUGUCUCCUUCAUCUAACUUUUCUUUCUGUCUCCUUCCUCUAACUUUUCUUUCUCUUUUCUUUCUGUCUUCUUCCUCUAGCUUUUCUUUCAUUCCACCCCCGAUUUUUCUUCUUCUCUUCCUUGCGGUUGAUUUUUCUCUCUCAUUUCUAUUUAUCUAUUUCAUUAUCUCCUUAUCCAUUUUUCUCUCUCUCUCUAUCAUUUUUCACCCAAUAUCUAUCUAUCUAUCUAUCUAUCUAUCUAUCUAUCUAUCUAUCCUCCGCAUAAGCCUGUCUUUUUUCUAUCUAUAUUUCUAUCUAUCUAUACAGGCAUUUCUUUUUUUCUUUUUAUCUAUAUAUCUAUCAGUUUAUACAGGCCUUUUCUUUUUCUUUCUAUCUAUCAAUAAUAAUAUCUGUAUGUUUCUUUUCUUACGUAUAUAA